CUCAGAGAGAGGAGCGCAUAGCGAGCACCGGAGAACCGACGGCAUGGCUGCUUCUAAGGGGAAGAGCGAACUCCGUUAUGUGGACUGGAUGUCAAGUUUACCGGCAACCCUGCACAGCAUUCCUCUCACCAAUCUCGCAAUUCCGGGUUCCCAUGACUCUUUUAGUUUCUACAUUGACGAGGCCUCACCAGUUGGACCAGAACAGCCCGAGACAGUGCAGAACUUUGUCUCUGUGUUUGGCACUGUGGCCAAGAAGCUAAUGAGGAAAUGGUUGGCAACACAGACGAUGAACUUCACCAGCCAACUGGAGGCAGGGAUCCGCUUCUUUGAUCUCCGCAUAUCCACCAAACCCAGAGACCCCGACAAUGAGCUCUACUUUGCACACGGUCUGUUCAGCGCCACCGUACGUGAAGGCCUGGAGCAGAUCAGCACCUUUCUGGCCUCUCAUGCUCGUGAAGUGGUGUUCCUGGACUUCAACCACUUCUACGGCGUACAGAACCUCCAUCACGAGAAGCUGGUCCAGAUGCUGCGCACCAUCUUUGGAGAUCGACUCUGCCCAGUAGUGUUUGCUCAAGAGGUAAGCCUGAAGUACCUCUGGGAGAAGGAGUAUCAGGUGCUGGUCUUCUAUCACAGUCCCAUGGCUCUGGAGGUUCCUUUCUUGUGGCCGGGUCAGAUGAUGCCCUCCCCUUGGGCCAACACCACAGAUCCUGAGAAGCUUAUUCAGUUCCUUCAAGCCUCUGUAAAUGAUCGGAGACGUAAGGGCACCUUUUUUGUGUCCCAGGUGGUUCUCACUCCCAAAGCAAGCACCGUUAUGAAGGGUGUCACCAGUGGCCUGAGAGAGACCAUCACAGAGAGGGCUCUUCCUAGCAUGAUGCAGUGGAUCCGCUCGCAGCGACCUGGCGAAAGUGGCGUUAACAUCAUCACAGCUGACUUUGUGGAGCUGGGGGAAUUUAUCAGUGCCGUUAUCACCCUCAACUACUACCUGGAUGAUGAGGAAGAGAAUGCUACCUGAACCUCCAAAUAUCCCAAGUCGCUUGUGGUAUUAACUACACAUGCUCCCUUUCUCUUAAAAUUUUGAUGUAUUCUUAUUGAUUAUUAUUUAUUUUUCGGAUCAUAGAUCUCUAUUAAUCUCUGACAUUUUUAGGGCUAAUAAAAACCAUAUAAGGUUAAGAGAUCAUAAGAGUAGAGAGCAGACAUGGUCAGGUGGAGUUAUUUCAGGUAUUGUCUGAGAACUAGGACAAAUCAGACAGAUGGAGAUUUAAUUUUUUCUGGGCAAAAAAGUGCCUAGCCUUUUCUCAUGUUUCUCUGCUUUCCAUCUGUUGCAUUCUACUGAUUCAAAUGUGCAAAAUUUUCUCAAUUCCGCUACUGAUCAAAGUACCAAUAACAUUAACUCAUUUCAUGGGGAAUAAAUAUUGUUUGUACAGUGAAUGUGAUGCUGACUCAAUAGUAGAUCUAUUUCUAGUGGUAUUAGUAACUUGUAUGAUUGUCAAUUUGUAAAUACUUGUAAACCUGUUGAAUUGUAACUUUGCUUACUAUUUGUCAUGCUCAAACGUACUAGUUGAGGUUUCCUUCUGGGCCUCAGUCUGGUUUUACCAUGUUGAAGAAGUGAACUACUAGAUGUUUGUAAUUACAACCAAAAAUUGCCAUUAUCAACACUAAUAAGUGAGGCUUUGUAUCUACAUUUUUGUAGUUGUCCUUUACUUUGUCCAUGAUUCUCCAAGAGAUUCUUUUAUAUCCUUGAAGAACAAACAGUAUUCAUUGCAUUUGCACUGCUGUGACUAUGGACUGUUAAAGAGUGGCCAUUGAGGUUUGCCGGCCAGUUAAAUCCAAACAUACAGUGCAGAAAAAUCAGUCUAUGUGCCAGUGGGGUAAUAAUGCCCUAUACAAUCCAGCACUUAAUAGUGUAUGAUUGCAUACAUAAACAAACAAAGGAUAUCACUUAAUGGGUGUGAACAGACUUAUUAUGAUGCCAUUUUCAAAUUAGCCAGACUAAUUGGAUAAAUGGCCAUGCUAAUGUUUUAAUCACCCAGUUGCCAAAUAAUUUAAUUUGAUCGGUAUAUGAAAUUUUUUGAACAAUGAUUCUCCCUCACUGCUGCCUUGUCCCUUUGUCUUUUCUUUUAGGACUAUAAUUGUUUGUAAUAAUAGGCUGAAUCAUUAAGAUAUUAUGUGGAAUUGUGCUCAAGACAGCAUGGGCACUGGAAAAUCCACUCUCAACAUUUUGGGUCAAAAUGUUUUCAACUUAAUUUAUUCAUUCAAGUGUUGAAUCAGGUUGAUUAAUGUGACAAUCCCACUAUCAGCCUUGAGCAUGAACUUGAGUAUAAAUGCAUUAAUCAUGCCUUUGUACUGUAUGAAAUUGCAUGUAGUUAUCAAGGUCGAUAAAUUGUAUGUAAACUUUCUAUGGAUAAAUGUCCUAGUCCAACAUUUCUGACAAAUCUGGUGUACAAUAAAUGUAAAU